AUGGGGUUUUUGCUGCUGAUUGACGCGUCUUCGGUGAUCGUUGCCAGAGGUCAGCUUAGCGUGAGAGACUUGUGUGAAGUCAAAGAGUUGUGUAGUGGCAUUGCUCGCAUUUCUAUGGGUGCGGCACAGAUUGGAGGUUGGGCAAUAGGAGCUUCAGAUGUGAACCAGCUCGCAAUCUCUCUCUUGCAAGACGAUGGACACCCGAAUCCUCCCUUCUCGAAGCAGGGCGAUGCGAGAGGCAUGAACGAUAGUAGAGCUUGUGUGUUCACAGGAGUGGCACGAGCAGCUUGGCUCAUGCAACCGGGGCUGAUCUUACUCGAGUGCGUGGUGGAGGUGGGCUUGUUGCCUGAGAUCAAUGACACCUUGGCUCAGUUGGCCAGUGGUUUGGGUUUCGGUCUUCAGACGAUUGAGUUGGCUCUUGAAGAGACAGUGGCCAUGCCGCCGCCGACGGUGGUGGGCAGUGAUCACUUCGCACUCUUGGUUGCCCACUCAAUUGAGGUCCUGGCCCAUGAUGUGAUUCCUGUCUGGUUGGUUUGGCCAGAGCAUGAGGAAGACCAGCUCGAGCUCAAUGGUGUUGAGUUGCAUGCAUUUCAUGAGCCCAGCUUUGGCCUCGAAGAUCGUGUGCUUCAAACCAAUGGGGUGGCGCCCACCUUGCAAGCCAUUCUUCCUGCCUCUGGGCAGAGCAGUGCUUAUACAAUUGAGAGAAAGGAGGCCACAGAACCUACGGGCAGUGUGAAAUUGGUUCUAGUGAAGCUGGUGUCGGAAGGCAUGACUUGGCAGACUUUGCUAUAUUCAGGCAGCUUCUUGUUUGAGGCCUUUUGGCGACCUCGCCUUCAGGUCGCUCCUGGCAGGUUCUAUGAUGACCACGAUGGCUGCUGGUUUCCAGACUCACGAAUCUGGGAUGAUGUGACGUUGGUUGACUUGCCAGUUCUGACCAGUGCUGGACCCCUGGACUCCGGAGUCUUUUAUCAACAGCCUCAGGAUGACAUUUCGAGCCCACAGCUGCAGAGGGCAAUUGAUGGCCUUGCGUUGAUUCCUUCUGGUCCUGAUCAAGUGCUGCUCUCAGUGGCGCACACUCAGGUAUUGGUUCAAGCUCCGCUGCAUCUUCCGAGCUCUGUUCUUAACCGAUGUCAAUGGCUAGUCUUCCAUGGAGUCUUUCACAGCUGCAGCCAUUGGCCCUUGUUCUCAUGCAUUCGGGCAAGAGAUAAGGUAGAAGUGCACUACUUUGAUGGAGUGAUACAUUUGCUGGACCAUGAAAUGCGUGCAGUAGGUGAAUGGGCAGGCAGACUCUGGAACAUUCACACAGUUGAGGUGAUCUUUGCCCGAGUCAUCAUGCAGCCUCAACCACAUUUGAGUGCGGCUGUGGCUUUGGCACAUCUGAGACAGGCUUGCACUCUUUUGAGUGCACCUUCCUCCGCUGAUCUUGAACAAUGGCAUGAGUGGCUGAUGGCACCAAUCCAGGAUGAUGAUCAACUCAUGAAAUUGGACGUAAUCCCGGCAGCUGAGGGAGUGGAUCCGUUGGCCAUGGCAAGAUUUGCUGAACACCUGAUGGCAGAAGCUGAUGGUACGGUUCUCCUGAUGCCUGUACUCUACAGUGUCGCCUUGGGGCAUGGUCAUGAGGAUGAUGCUUCGGAAUUUCUGCGGGACAAACU